UGCUGACAGACAGCGGUCGGGUACAGUUCUUCCCACUGACCCAGUAUCGGUGCCAUGGCGUUCUACUACCACCGAGAUUUCCCUCCCGUCCACUUCAGUACUUUUAAACCUGUUUCUCCAAAACCAGAAGAACCCAAAGAUCCCACCCUCUGCCAUGCAAGACUCAGCCCGUCUGGAGAACCAAAGUCAGAGACCAUGUCCAAAAAUAAGGAUAUGCCUCCAUCCGACACCGCCCACAAGGAAACCGCAAAGAAACCUGGCCCCACGCUGAAAGAGCAGACCUACCAAUGGUUUGAGUGGACUCAGAGGAGUAAGCUGAUGAAGAAGGGUCACUUUCCAGACUGGUUCCAUGGGUUUGUCACACGGAACCGAGCAGAAGAGAUGCUUCAAGAUAAACCGCUGGGUUGUUUCCUCAUUCGCUUCUGUGAGAGUCGAGUCGGAUUUGUCCUGUCCUACAGGUAAGGUGUUAAUCAUACUAAACUGGAAAUGCUGGUCCAGAAUCGCGAACCUGAGGAACGCCUGAUGAGGGGGCCAAAUUGGGAUAUGUAGGUAUGAAUCCUUUAUAUCCAGGGACACCUGGAGCCACCUUCUCAGGCCACUGUUAAUGUUUUAGUAUCUAGAUGGUUUUAUGGUCUUGCUUAUCUUCUAGGGGAGCUGAGCGCUGCCGCCAUUUCAUUCUCAAUCAGAAAGACGAUGAACAAUAUGUGAUCGAAGGUGAGGAGAGCACCCACCCACGGCUGGAAGACCUGAUCCAGCACUACUCCAGGUGUCCUGUGGAGCCAUACAAAGAGUUACUGACAGUGCCCUGCGGGAAGGAUCCUAGGACACAUGGCAUCCCUACCCUUGGUCCGCCAGACAGCCCCACUAAUGCAGCCGCUGGUGGACACAGCGAAGUGCUGCCGGACACUGCGCCUCUGUUAUCCACUUCUCCCAAAGAAAAGGGAAAAGCAGCAUUUGGAGAAAACAUACUGGUGGAAUAUGCUUCAUCUUUCGUAGAGAAAGAAGCCAUGCCUAGUGCAGGAGUCCAUGAAGUUCUGUCAGGUGCCUACACAUCAGUUACUAAGCCCUCAAGAGAUCCUACAGGCAGCAAGAGCAAGGAGCCUUCUCCAGGACCUUCCUACACCUCACCAGAGCUCCAUACAUACACAGAGCCAGAACUGUGGACCAAACAAGGGGACAGCUUUGACAAUACACAUGAUCCCAUAGCUUUUUAUGCUAUAGGCCGUGGCUCCUGUAGUGAAUCCAUGGAGAAUGUGUAUAGUGAAGUGGACAUAAAUUCCAUGGCAUUGCAUGACUCCAAAGCCAACCGGUAUCGCCAAGUUGGGUUUGCCACUGUUCCUCACCCCUCGCGCCAGGCUUUUCAGCAUAGAAUAACGGCCCAUCACUCUUCAUUGCGUAUGCACAAGCAGCCUGAUGCCCCACAGGAGGACCGGGGUAAGGGUCAAGGGAUGUCUUCGAAACAUUUCCCCAAAUCAAAAACCAAGCCGCAGGUUCCGGUACAGUUUGAUGACCCAGCGUAUGGAAAGAGAGCCAUCUGCCAUACAAAGCCACCACUUUUUCUCUUGCUAGACGAUCAGGAAAAUGUUUAUGAGAAGAUUCCUGAAAAUUGUCCUGUCAACCCGAAGAAAAGCCAUUCAGCAAAGAAAGAAAGCUGAUGUGAGGCACAGCUGACUGGAUCACCUAGAGGACAUUUUAGGACACAGUGCAUGUUCCACCAACAGAUGGUGGAGGCAGCCAUUUUGUGGUCUGAAAACAGACAAGACACUGGAGUCUUUUAUUUUGCUCGGAACAAGCUGCCAUUUUGAAAUCCAGUGAUAUUGGGCUGGAGGGGGAAGGGAUUGUCCAGACCAGUGUUGGGCGACAGUUUUACCUUUUGGGUGGCAGAUGUUCAACAACACAGGCCAUAAAAAUUUCAGGAGUGCCACCAGCAUUCCAGCAUUUACAGAAGGAAUAGAUGGUGUGACCAUAUGCCCCUCGCUGAACCGGGCGAUCUAAGAUUGGUUGGAGCCCACUGGAUUUAGGAUUUUAGGGGUUCCCUCUUACUGUCAGCAAUCUCCUGUUACUGACUCCACCCACUGCGCAGUUGUUGGACAACUCGCUGCCACUAUCAGGCUACCAUGAUCAGCACCUGGACUUCAACACCUCCAAGUUGGUGUCCGCUCAUUCCCACUGGUACCUCACAAUGGACCAGUCUCUACAGGGUAGCUGGUAGUGGGCUUAAGCUUGGACACACUGGGCUCAAACCAGAUCAGCCAGAGAACAGAAUAGCGAGUUGCGCAAUUCUGUUGGUCGCAGGAUACACAUGCAGUUGUCUUAAAGGCAAGAUGUUUAUUGCUCAAAAAAGUCUUUAAAAAUACUAAGGCCCUCAUUCAGUAUGGAUCGCAUUUGCAAAGCUGCUCGUAGCAGCUUUGCAAAUGCGAUCCUUAGCAAGGCAAAUGAAGUAGGAGGGGGAUACACACCUUCUUGCUGUAUCUGCGAUCGCAGCACUGCGACCGGAGUUGCAGUCUGGGAUCAAACGAUGGUUGAGCACACGAUACCACAGGCUACAGCCCGGCCCCAUGACCUCUCACAAAAUAUGAAUAAGUACAUCUUACAUUUCCAAGCAGCAAAACUAUUUCCUCCUUCCUUUCCUAAAUGUACCAGUUUGCUUGCGUAAAACACACUCUGAUGUGGCAUAUACUGCAACUGUCACAAAUGUACAGGAAAUUCUUGAAAGCAAAUUGUUUUUUCCCCCAAACCUGUUGGACAUUUUACAUAGAGACACCCAGGAGACCCCGUGGGGCGCAUCUCAAAGAAAAUGCUGUAAAGAAAAAACUUGGUCAACCAACACCUAUCCCCUGCUGGAGUGAGGACAAUCCCCAUCACUUCCUAUGUCACUGAGCUGACAACUGCUUCUAAAGUGAAAUAUAAUAAUCCACAUAUUCAGCAAUGCUUUUUCUCAAUUUCACAACGGUGCACAACACCUUAAAUAUAACAUGGUAAAAUACAUUUCGAGUACAUGUAAUAUGAUAGUUCAGAUGAAAAUGACACUGCAGCACAAGGGCUUAAACCCCUCAGUGACAGAGACUCCAUCUUUGUCAUGUGCAAUGAGUCUCCAGUCACAGAUGGUGAUUUGGAAUGUUAGUGGCUUCCUUGUCCUUCCUUUUUUAAAGCUAGUUUGCUCAGGGUCAGGGCCGGUUCAGGGGCUUUUUGCGUCCCGGGCGGCAAUAGGGGGCGUGACUUCAUACAGGGGGCGUGAUCAUUUACGCCCCAUGUACAGUAGUAGCACUCUGAAAUGAUGUGCGAUACGCGAUGACGUCAUCGCGCACCGCACAGUUAAGGUCCUCUCCACGAAGGGGUUAACCCUUCAC